AUGGGUGCCGGGAAUCGUGGAAAAGGCGCACUCGGUACCAGACGUGACUCUCGUAGCAGAUGCCAUCUCCACGGACAUGCAUACGGUGGGGUGAACCACACUACAGCCCGUGUCCCGGUAAUCGCACAUAGAGAUACAGAAGCUCGUACAUUCACCAAAGUGAGGCGAGUUGAGCUGUGUGUUGCUCUAAUAUUGUUAUUUUUCGGCGUGUCUUGUCUCAUAUUGGGAACGAUGUUUGUCGCCCUGUACGUGGAUAUCCGACCCAUGGACAGUGUCGGACCAAUAAUGCUAGUCGUUGGCGCCAUAUUGUUUGUGCUUGGCACUGGUGUGUGUUGCCACGUUAGUUCAGACAGACAGCUCAACAGAAGGUCUCAUUCCAGUUACUAUUAUAAUAGAAGUCCAUAUCGGAACUACAACCACUAUAAUUUUUCUCAGUAUCGGCCUCGUUUUAACAGCAUACCGCGAAGUGACUGGUCUGAAUUGGAACUCAGGGCAACUACCAGUGCAUCUGACUCGGACCAGGAGAUAAGGUUUACUGGUAACACAAAUAGGUACAUGAGAAGACAUUCGUCACAGGACUCAGGUCAGACAGUCAGGCUGAGCGUUCAUGCGCCGCUCGAUCAGCUGCCAGAAACCGACUUGGAUUUUUCCGACGAAGUAGGAGAACUGGACCCCGAGAGCGAUCUCGAAGAGACGUUAAGAAACAUUACAAAUAAUGACGAACCUCCUCCUACAUACGAAGAGGUGUGCGGUACAAGGGUGUGA